GUUUUUGGCAUUGAUCUCUUCCCACUACCAUAAAGAUAUAUACAGUGAAUAAGCUCUUGCUUCCUUGAUAAAAAGGCUAGUGUUCUCUUCAACAUGUCACCGAUCGACCACAUCACCAUACCUUGUGCGGCCAGCAAAGUCGACGCCGAGGUUGCAUUCUUCAUCAAAGCCUUCGCACACAUGGGUGUCAAGGAGGUGAUGCGGCCUUUCCCCGACUAUGUUGGCCUCGGAGACACGUCUCCCUGGCUUUGGAUAUCAGGCUUGAACGAGAAAUUUGAGCCUAUCGCAGAUGAUGUACAUAUUCAAUCGAUGCACGUGGCGGUUACGGCCAAAGAUCGAGCCCAAGUCAACGCGUUCCACGAGGCGGCUCUCCAGGCUGGCGGGAAAGAUCACGGAGCUCCGGGUAUCAGGAAAGAAUAUCAUCCCGAUUAUUAUGGGGCGUUUGCCAUUAGCCCCGCGGGACACAACAUUGAAGCAGUGACGCAGGUGCCGGAGUGAGAUGGGAAAACGAGGCCAUUGCAGGGUGAUCUCGGCGCCUUAUGUGGCAAAGGAGGGUUGAAGAGAAUUAAGGCCAUGUUCUUUGUAAUGGCUUUAGCUGAUAGCACGUAGGAAAAUCGUGUGAAAAGACAUCCCGGGAUGUGUUCCCAAUUCCGAGAUCAACCCCUCUCGCAACCAAUGCACAACUGAUAAGCAAGCUUUCUACCUUUCCAUUCACCUAAAAUCAUUUGAAGAAGCUGCUAGACUCGGCGCC